AUGGCGCGGGAGAGUCUGCGCGGGGUGGCUGGUGCCCGCUUCGCUGCAGACCGCCUUGUGCAGCGGCUGACGCGCGAGCUGGCAGAGGCCCGGGGCGAGGCCGCAAGGCUCCGCGAGCUGCUCGAGGCGAAGGUCGACAGUGAGGGGGACCCCGAGGUGCUGCGGCGUGAGGCGAUCGCGAGGCCUGUCCUGGCGGCCCGCGUCGCCGGCAGACCCGAGGCCCCAGCAGCCAGGCGGCGGCGCAACGUGGCCUGGCACGCCGCUUCCUGCCCGCCGGCCGGAGCGGAGCCGGCCGCAUGGCGCAAGGCCGAGCGCGGGCCCCGCCUGGGAGCAGCUCCCAGGCCUGCUGGUGCUGCUCACGGCGGUGCCAGCCGUGAAGGGGCGGCGCGGCCGCCGCUGGAGAUACAGGUCGAGAUCUGCGUCGCCGAGCCCGCCGUGAAGCUCGGGCGACCAGCGGAGCCGAGGGCGAGCCUGCGGUCAUGCGCCCAGCCCUUCCGUUCGAGGCGCACGCCGCUGCGGAGCGGGGCCACACCGUACGUGCCCUUCCGCCAGCUGAGCUGCGAGGAAACCGCCGAGGAGGUGCUCGCGGCUUUGGACUGCGGGCCCCCGGCUCCCGUGGACAGGGCAGAGCCUGGCCCUCCCCGUGACGGGGCCUGGAAGGCAGACGUGGUGCAGGAGGGAGACGGCGCAGCUGCCCUCCAGGUGCCGUGUCGUGCCGAGAGGCCCCAGGUGGGCGGUGCUGCAGGCGCUGGUGCGCCGCCGCCGCCGCUGGAGCAUCUGGGAGGCCCAAUCGGAGAGCAGGGCGACAACAGGCACGGCGAGGGCGAGAGCGCCGAGGGGAGCCAGGACAGCACGGUGUGCUCCGCGACCCUCUCUGCCGCCACCGCCGAGCGCAACGAUGUUGCCACGCAUUACCUGCUAGAUAACUAUGCUGCGCUCCUCCGAGGGGGAAUCGGUAGCGUCGAGCGCGAUGAGGACGUCGAAGGCUCCGUGGGCGGCGAUUGCAGUUCCUACGUCUCCUCCGUGUCAGGGGUCUUCAGGGACUACGGGCCCGACCACGGCCAGUACCUCAUCGACGAGUUCUCCGACGGCUGCGAGCGCGCUGCCGAGUACGACCUCGAGCGUGCCGCAUGGCUAGCCCAGGGCUCGCCGAGCUUCGCCGAGCAGUGCGCUCGGCUGGAGCGCAGCAGCCACUUCGGAUAUGAGUUCGAGCGAGGUCUUCUCAGUGUUCAGAGUGAGUUUUCCGACGUCGUCGAGGCUCUCGGGGCCGAAGCGCUCCAGUCGCACUCGCUCAGCAACUCGUCCUCCGAGGUGGUCUGGAACGCCUUCGCCUCCUCCGUGCCACCGUCCAUCGCGUUCGUCAUCAGCUCGUCCUCCGAGGAGGUCUGGGACGUCGUGUUUGGUUGGAGCGUCUCGCUCAGCAGCUCGUCCUCCGAGGUGGUCUGGGACGCCUUCGCCUCCUCCGUGCCGCCGUCCAUCGCGUUCGUCAUCAGCUCAUCCUCCGAGGCGGUCUGGGACGUCGGGUUUGGCUGGAGCGUCAGCUGCUCUGUCACCGCCUACACCAUCUGCUUGAUCAAGGCCGCUUUCGCCACUGGGCGCAGCGAAGGUAACGGAGCAAUACUCGUCGCUGCCGAAGUCACUGGCCGAGGCGGGUACGUGACCGCCGCUAGCGCCAGCGGCUGCUUGUCCGAGGUCAUCCCCAGCUCCAUCUUCAGCGCCUGGAUCUUCUCGAGGAGUUGCGACCGUAUGUGGGUCUCCCAUCCCGACGAGGGUGGCACCGACACGGCCGUUGUGUGCACCAGCUACGCAAUCGGCGUCGGCAUAAUCUUGCACUUCUUCCAGCUGCCAACCACCAUCGUCGGGGUGCGCUGCUUGGCCUGCUCCUUUAAGGCCUGUCGUAGGAGCGCCUUCUUCUCCGCGAUGAGCAGCGGAAGACGCGUGAUCUCCUCGUUCGACAAGGCGAUCGGGCGAGGUACACGAGCAGGGGAUCGCAGCGGCUGUGGAGUUGUCGCACGGCGCGGCGGUCUUGACGGAGGCGCUGGGGUCAGGCAAACCUUCGGCCGGCGCGGCGGCGUGGACGGAGGCGCCGGGGUCAGGGCGGACAGGGUACAGCCCACGGCGCUCGAUGCGGCCUACCUCGACGGGUUUGUCGUGGCCAGGGCGCUGGCCAUGGGUUCUACGGUGUCUGUCGUAGACCUCCAGAGUUCCCUGCAGGAGCAGGGCCGCUUCCUAGCGCAGCAAGGAGCGGCCCAAGGCAACCGCGACAAGGUCGCGCAAGGGUGCCUCCGUUGCUUGCUGCUCGGCGACUUCGGCCUCUCCGCGGUGGGCUUCCCGUGGCUGGUGGCGGCCAGCGGGCCGCGCAGGGUGCCUCACCGUGGUGGGUCGGUCCUCUUCGUGGCGGUGGCGAUCUUCAUGACAGUUGACUCGUACGCGGACCCAGGCGUCGUCCAGCUGCAGGUCCCAGAGGAGUUCGUCUUCCGCGCUUGCCUCGUCAGGCUAUGGCUGGGGGCCGACUUUCCUAGGGCCGCCAUCAUCCUCGUCAGCCCGCUCUGCUUCGGGCUGGCGCACGCGCACCACUUCAUGGAGCAGGUGCGGAGGGGCCAGGACAAGGCGACCGCCGCCCAGACCACCGCCUUCCAGGUGUGCUACACCUGGCUGUUCGGCAUGUUCUGCAACUUCCUGCUGCUCCGCACCGGCUCCACGCUGGCGGUGAUCCUAACGCACGCGUUCUGCAACCACCAGGGGUUCCCCGACCUGGAGGGUUCCUGGCGUGCCGCCAUCACUUCUUGUACGAGCAGCGGCUCAUCAUAG